GAGAGUGAUGUUAAGGAAUUAGUGAAAGAUCAGGUUUUCAUAGAUUUGGAUGCCCCUAAAGGGGUGUUGACAUUGGCAGGAAUGACCCAUGAGAUAAUUGGAUUGAAAUCAAUAAUGGAGAAAAUUUUAGAGAGAGCAACAAAACAAAUUGAGAGAGAGAAGAACAGUGUGACAGAGUACAUGGAGAUUUCUCCUGCCAUGUACUCCCUGCUUGAACAAGAUGGCCUGAAAAGUGCUGUUUCUCCAGACCUGCACAUUGACUACAACAAAAACUUUAACAGAUUAGAUUUAUCAGGUCUUCAUACAGAAAUUCUCAUUUUCAAGAACUGGGUCCUUGAGAAGAAUAUAAAUAUGAAACAGAAGCACCUACAGAUUAACUGUUCAAUCCUGGAGUUCCUGAGAUCAAUGGAUUGUAAUGAAAUGUCCAUAGAUCUCUUCAUAUCUCAUGGAAUAACUGCUGUCUACACAAUCGAAAAUGGAGAUGUUGUUGUGGUUGGAAGUACAGAAAGAGCACUUGCUGAGGCAGAGAAGAGGGUGAAUACAGUUCUCACAACCAAAGACCUCACUGUAGAAGAUCAGGGUGUCCUUCAAAUGCCAGCGUGGCAGGAUCUCAAAAAGCAAUUGCACGAAUUGUUCAAUACUUCCAAAAAGACAUCUGUGAUUAUACAUUUAUCUAAACAGAAAGACAAAGUAAUGGUGACUGGAUUCAGAGAACCGGUGAUGGAGGUCAGUGAGAACUUAGGAUGUUUCAUUGAGAAACACACUAGAAUUGAAGAAACGGUUCGUGUCAAAUCACAUGCCGCGGUUGAAUUCAUAAAAGUCCGAAAAUCACAAGACUGCCAGCAUUUUAUUAAGUCUGAUGAGGUGAAAGUCCGUUUUGAUUCAAAGAGACCCUGGAUCAAACUGUCUGGACAGCGUACAUUUGUUCAGCCAGCUAUGACUCUGCUUAAAAGGUUGGCAGAUGCUCUCUACACAGACACACUGAUAAUUAAAAAGGCAGGAGCAAAGAAGUACUUCAUGGAGCAGGGUAAAAUGAUGCUUUUAAUGCUGUUGAAGGAAAAAAGAUUUGUGGUGGUUCUUCAAGAAGAUGAUUUGCUGGAAGAGGAGGAAGAUGCAUUUACUGAAGGUAGUUUUGAAGAUAUUGGUCAGGUCUCUUGUGAGGUUCAGAUGCCAGGUGGAGUAACUGUUACUGUCAGGAAGGUGGAUAUUUGCAAGAUCAAUGUUGAUGCUGUGGUCAAUGCUGCUAAUGAAGAUCUGAAGCACAUUGGUGGUGUAGCUUUAGCACUUCUCCAAUCUGCUGGACCAAGUCUGCAGCAAACCUGUGACCAACACACAAAAGCAAAUGGGGCUCUGAAGCCUGGAGAAGCUAUCAUCACUGAUGCUGGUCGUCUUCCCUGUAAAUAUGUAGUGCACGCUGUUGGACCUCGCUUCAACGAUUCAGACAGACGCACCACUGUUCAAUGCCUAAAACGUGCUGUGAGGGAAAGUCUGAACCAGGCGUCAAGCAGAAACUGCUCCUCUAUUGCAAUUCCAGUUAUUAGCUCAGGGGUAUUUGGUUGUCCUCUUGAUCUUUGCACUGAAUCGAUAGCUAAGGAGGUGUGUGAGUACAUCAAAUAUCAUAACCACAGAGGCUCCAAUAGCACAUUAACUGAAAUUCACUUGGUUGACAAUAAUGGCAGUACUGUGAAUGCCAUGACUCAAGCUGUCAGAAAGGAGUUUGCUGCUUAUAACCCCAAAAUGACUUUCCCUUAUCAAGCCAAACCCCAUGGGCAUAGUGGCUAUGGACAAGGCUAUCGUUUAAAUAGUCGUGGAAACUAUGGUCAAAUAGACCAAGAUUUUGAAGUUGUCAAAGUUCGUGGUAAUAGAGACUUUGAAGACGAAGCACACUGGAGAAGAGAAACUUCCAGCUAUGGUGGCAGACCAGAUAUAUCUGAAGGAUUGAGUGUUCUUAAGACCAAAACUACACAAGAGGGACUAAAAAUCAUUCUGAGCAAAGGGAACAUCCAGGAUGCGAGUGCCGAUGUCAUUGUAAACACUAUAUCGGAGGACUUGGACCUCAGUAAAGGUGCCGUCUCAAAAGCACUCCUACAGACUGCUGGUCAUCAGCUCCAGUCAGAAAUCACCAGAGCUGCUCACUCAAACAAUGUGAAUUAUGGUGAAAUGGUCAUCACAGAUGGUUAUAAACUGAAAUGUUCCAAGGUCCUCCAUGUUGUUUGCCCAUUUUGGCAUGGUGGACAAAACUCAGCAGAUAAGGUACUCAUUCAGAUCAUUAGAGAUUGUCUGAGAACAGCAGAAACGCAAGGAAUGGCUUCAAUCUCCUUCCCAGCAAUUGGGACUGGGAAUCUUGGCUUUCCUAAAGAUUUGGUGGCCAGAAUCAUGCUGACAGAAGUCCAGAAAUUUAAUUUCACAAACCUUCAAGAGGUAACUGUGAUUGUACACCCUUCUGACAAGGAGAGUAUAGAGUGCUUUACUAGCAUCUUUAGACAUGGGAUUCAGGGUCCCAUCAUAAAAGGAGCACAUCGACAUCUCAUGCCUAAAAUGAAUCUUUUUGCCAAAUCAGCUCAGACCUCUGGGGUCAUUGGCAAAGUCUCCUCUCCCUCUCUUGGGGUGCACACUAUGCAGCUGGAUCAGGUGACUCUGGAGGUUUCAUCAGGAGACAUAACUAAAGAAAAAACUGAUGCCAUUGUCAACUCCUCAAAUCAGACAUUUUCACUGAAAGCAGGAGUAUCCAAGGCCAUUUUAGAUGCUGCUGGAGUGCAAGUUGAACAAGAAUGUUUACAGAUGGUGGGAUCAUCAACUAUACAGCAAACAGAGAUUGUGACCUCAUCCGGGCAGCUUCCAUGUGGAAACAUCAUCCAUGUUAUUGGACGCAAUAGUCCAUCUGACAUCAAGGAUGUUGUUUUGUCUGUUCUGAAGUUAUGUGAGUCACGGAAGAUUACUUCUGUUGCCUUCCCAGCUCUUGGCACUGGUCAGGGAGGUGCAAAUCCAGCGGAUGUUGCAGAUGCAAUGGUUGAUGCAGUUGUCGACUUUGUAAAGAAAAAGAAACCGGUGCAUGUAAGGCUUUUGAAGUUUCUUAUAUUCCAGACAAACAUGGUGGCAGACUUCCACCAAAGCAUGAUCAGAAGAACUGGUGAGAAAGUAGAGGAGGAAAAAGGUCUGCUUACCAAAAUUAAAGACUUCUUCUCGUUGGGAAAUUCAGACUCUCCUGCAAAUGAAGAGUUUGUAGUUGUUGGUGAAGAAAUUGAGCCAGCGGUGUUUCAGCUGUGUGGGGAGACACCAGAGGACUUGAGUGAAGGCAAGGACAUGAUCAACAGCAUGAUAUUACGGGAGCAUGUGACUAUCCCAUUCCAUGAUCCAGCCAUUACUCAUUUCACCAAGGAGGAUGGAGAAACGCUGAACGCCAUGCAGAGGGAGCUCACAGUCAGUGUCCGGCUUGAGAAGAAAGGCCGAGACUCUGUCAUCACACUGGAGGGUCUGACAAGAGACGUUCACACUGCAGAGAGUCGUAUUCGGGACAUGAUCAGAAAGGUGGAAAGGAAUGAAAACCGAAGGCGUGAGGCUUUUUUCAUUAGCAGUGUGGUUCAGUGGCAAUAUCAGGAAAAUGGCCGGAGCAUCAAAAACUUUGAUAUAUUGACCAAUUAUGACCUGGAACAGGCCUUUCAGAAGAAACAGCCUUCAGUGAAAAUCAAGAUUAAUAAUGUUGAAUAUGAAGCCGAUUUAGUUCGCAAAGUGGCCACAAAAGGGAGUCUAAGGAUUGAGCUGAACAGAGUAGAUCUGGAAGUUGCAGCUCAAAGAUCUUUGCCUUCAGACUGGGAGGACAUGAAAGGACAGUCGGUUGUUCUUGUAAAACUCACAGCAGGCUCAAAAAAAUAUGCAGAAGUGGAGAAAGAGUUCACAAGCACCGGACUAUCCAGUAACAGUAUCAUUACAAUUGAAAGAGUCCAAAACAGUGCACUUUGGAGAAACUACAUGAUCAAAAAGGAGGAACUGGAAGACAAAAACAAACACACGAAAAAUGAAAAGCGUCUCUUCCACGGCACUGGCCCUGAUAAGACAGAUCAGAUCAACAAUCACGGCUUCAAUCGCAGCUUCGCUGGCAUGCAUGGAACCAUGUAUGGGAAUGGUUCAUAUUUUGCUGUGGACCCAAAAUACUCAGCCCAAGGCUACUCUAAACCUGAUAUCAACGGACACAAACGCAUGUACUUCGCCAGGGUGCUUGUUGGAGAUUUCACUCAAGGAAAACAAGGCCUUCCUGUUCCCCCUGCGAAGAGCUCCAAUAGUGCUGAUCUCUAUAACAGUGUGACUGACAACAUGAACAACCCAACCAUGUUUGUGAUCUUCAACGAUGUACAGGCUUACCCAGAAUACCUAAUCACUUUCCAGUAAUUAUUAUGAGAUCUCAAUUUCUGUCAGUUAGUGUUUUUGUUGCUAUUUUGAUGAAGCUGAAAACAAUAUAAAAUGUUUACAAGCAGGAAUUACAGAAAAUGAUAGAAUAAUCUUUGCUGUGUAAAUAAAAAAAAAUUAAUAUGAGAGAACCGUAAACCUCCUACUUUUGUGGUUUAAUCUUACGGUUCUCUUCUAACCUUAUAGGGUUAAUCAGCAACAGUUUAUUUUUAUCCUGCUAAUUUAACAUAUUGAGUAAAAGCCUACUAAAGAAAAUGGGUUCAAGCUGAGCAUUUCUGUUUUACAGUGGAGUGAAAGACCACUGUAAGACCACAUCUGAUUAAAAUGAAAUUAAGUAACAUUAAAUUUAGCAAAAGUCUUGACUGAAAUACCAUUUAGCACAUAAAGCAUUCUUUGAAACCUACUUUAAUCAUUUCAAAUAAACCUCAUUUAAUGUUACUAAUUACACUGCAUCACAUAAUGUUGCAGUUAACUGCUAGAAUGACAUUUUUUGAGAUUUGUGUUUAUGUGAACAGUAAAUAUACUUUUUUGUUCUUAAAAUUUUAGCUCAGAGACAUCCAUGUUUCAGAAUACACUGGAUACAAAAAUAUAUGUUUAAAUGUUACAUUGGUUUAUAAAUGUUACAUCUUGUUUAUUGAAUUCAUGAAUUGUUGCCCUGACACGAGGAAAAUUCUGCCAUGACUGUGCUAACCAAAUCAUUAAUUUACUUGCUCUAAAUGCGUGUGUCCUAGAAAGAGCAUAGUAUGAUUAAAUAUCUAUAUUUGUUGCUUCACAGUGACGGGGCUCAGUAACAAAUAUUCAUCAGGAAAAGCCACUCGCUUAAUUACGCUGCAUGUUCAUGCAGGGCUUUUCUUUUUUGUGUGCAGAGGCCCUUUGCUGGAGAUGAAGUAAAUAGUGUUGCAGACAACACUUAAGAAUCCAUUAUUUAUUAGAGAGCAAAUCUGCGGUCCUAAUAGAAAUGAUUUGAAUGCGCUUGAAAAUUCAGUGAUGAUGCAUACAAGGCAUAGUAAUAAAAACAUUCAAGACUUUACUGAAAACAUUUGCCCACCCCUAGCGCUGCCCCUGAUCUCCACUAUACUGCAGUGGUGAUUUGCUUUAAUAGUCGAACCUUCUUCUCUUUGUUUAUGGAUUUAAUAUAUGUAGCCAAACAAAGAUGAAUGACAUGAAACAGACUUGUCCUGCAAAGAGUAUGGGUGUUCAUCCCAACGUUUAGUUGAAAGACAGGCUAAGUGCACUUUGUUGGCCUCAUGACAUGAUGACAGAGACUCAAAGUGUACGAUAAGAGACCUGCAGGUAGGCUUAGUUGAAGGUAGGCCAGUCAGACGAAUUAAAGGUCUAUCAUAACUUACAGGUUUCAAACCUGAUUAUACGCACGCUGUCUUUCUUGGUGUUACCAGACUGAUCAAAUUCAAAGUAGUAACCAGCCGUAUUAUAUUGGAAGACCAGACACUUCACUGGUAAUAGAAAAUCACAUCAGAAACAUUCAGCCUUCACAUUUCUUUACCCAUGCGAGAAGUUCAGAUGUUGGAGGGCAUCAGGAUGGAGAGCUUAGUUGUUUUUUUUAUUUUUUAUUUUUUAUUUGCAUUUGCACUUGAUAGUGUGCUUUAUUGUUGGUAUUUGAAACAUCUGACUACUGGUUUCAGCUUUCUUCCUUCUUUUAAAGGUGUCUGUCUCCCCAGAGGAAAUAAAUAAAGCAGACGUCAUGCUUUUUCAAUUUGUCAUAAAAUUUCAGUUACUUUAUUGAGAGACAGCCAUGACUUUUAAUGUACAUCUUUUCUAGUGUGGGGUCCACUGUUGGCAUACUUUGCUUUAGUUUUUUGAAUGUGUAAGACCUGAAAUGAUCUCCCCAUGAAACCAAACCUCAGGAAGUUGAACAAAACAGAUGCCAUGCAACAAAAUAAUAAAAAUAAUCUGGAGAAGAUAUGAUAUAUAUCUGUUGUUUUUCCCUUCAGGUUUAGUAUCGUUCUAAAGGUCUCCGUGCGAUUGGUAAAAUAGUCUCAAUUUCACAGCAGUCACUUAUAUUAUGAAAAAGAUUGAAAACAUUUGAAGAAUUCUGCUCUGCUGCUGAGGGUUGUGUCCUCCUCAGGGUCUCUGGUGAGAAUGUUUUCCCUUCUCCAGCCAGGUAUGGCCCUUGGGUCACGAGAUCCUAACAAACCAAAAGGUCUUAAAUCUUAGAUUGUAAGAUUUAUUUGUUCUGGUCUGGAUAUAAAAGUGAAAUGAAAAAACAUCUCGGGAUCCUGUAACCAGAAAACCCUCACAAAGUGUCUGUGAGUCUCCGGAGCUCUGCGCUAGAACUCUCACAUACUGCUGUGUGUUUCCCUGCUCUCAGUUGUGCAUUUCUUUUUAUUUUCAAAUGUGUAAUUGUGUUAAACACAUUGUACUCAUACAACUCCCUUUAUAGUUGUUUGUUCUACUACAUGUGCACACAGACUAGUUGAGUUUAUUCUUUAAAACACGAUUGCUUUGCUGUUGGUGUUGUUUGAAAUAGUUAGGUAAAAGGUUGCAUGUCAUGCCAUGUGGCUACAAUGUGAUUCACAAUUGCAUUGUCCUAUCUGAAUUGACUUCUAAUUGUUUAAUUGUGUAAUUGGCAUGAUGCAUUCUUACCUGCAAAUAAAAUGUUAUA